AUGGCGUAUUCACCAUCGCCAACAUCUCCUCUGACAGGACGACGAUCACCCUCACCUCCGGCGCAACCACUGUCGAAGCGAGAGAAAAGACGCAACCAGCAUGUCGGUCUUCAGCAAGAGCUACAAGCUGAAUUCGACGACCAUAGAGAGCAGCACUAUCGAUCACAACUCAUAGCACUACAGCAAGAUAUGAAUCUGGUGACUACCGCCGAUCCAUACAGACCAGAGCCUCUAGAUGAUUCCCCAGAAGAGAUUGCAGACCUUGUAUCAAUACAGGCUUCUGGCACACCCUACCAAUCAGAAAUGUCCUCACUGGCUGGAAGAUGGUACACGGAAUUUGUGCACGAAGUUAACGAAGCGAAGGAAGCAAAAGAGUUGGCACUGAUAGAGCUGCAUCGUCAACACGAAGCAAAAUUGGAGAGACUGAAGUAUGAGUGCGACUAUCGACUGCACUUGGCGGCGAAGGAGGCAGAACAUAUGAAGCACACACUGCGAGAACGACUCAUCCAGACUCUUACAAACAAGCGACAGAAGCUAAUGAAGGAGAAGGAGCAGCUGGAUAUCGCAGAUACGAAUGCUCUCCUCCUACACCCUAGCCAGUUUUCCAUCACGAACCCUACAAGUCCUGGUGGUACCCAAAUAUCUCGAAAGACGCGCCUGACUAGGCAUCGAGGCGAACAUGACGAGAUGACGAAUGGGAUAUCUGAGGUUAACAAGCGAAAGAGGAAAUUUGGUGGUGGUGGUGAGGACGAUAUUGGUUCGCCUUCAAGAAACGGGCACAACACGCCAGCAGAAAGAGCACGGAAUGCAAAUAUUAGUGCACAGCUAGACAAGGCAUACUCUAUCAACCAGUUAUUCACAGAGAAAGAGCUCAACCUGCAGUCACACCAAGCACAGAUAGCUACCCGACACUUCUUUCAGGCAUCGCAGGAGAAGGAAGUCAAUGGUAGAAAAGCUGGAGACGAAGACGCCAACGAGGAAGACUCGGAAGCGGACGAUAACGACGAGCUGGAAGCAACAGGUAUGGAAAGGACAGCUAGCCAGAACGUGCAUGUCACCCGGUCCACCCGUAAUAUUGGGGGCAUGGGAGCACUGGGCAUACUUGGUGAUCUGGCCGAGAAGCAACCUCGAAGGCCGACUUUGCCAUAUGCGACACUUCAUUCAGCACAAGGGAAGAAUGGCACGUUCCUGCCUCCUGUGAGUCGGCUGAUGGACGAGGAAGUAGAAGAGGAUCGGGCCAAGAUUGCGGAAGCAAUGCGGCGGGGUGAGGGAGAGGUUGACAAGGCUGCUAUCGAGGAGGCAUUGAAGCCCAUGACAGGUGCCAGGAGCAACUUGGCACCUGACUGGCCUGUGUACCUGGAUAUGCAUCUGGUCAACAUCGAUCCCCGACGGUCGACAAAGACUUGA